AUGUCUGCAGAGGACCAGAACUCAGACAACAGCAUAGAGAAGACAGCACUGAGGCUCUUCAACAAGUAUAAGGUGGAGAUUUCACAGGCAAUAGUAGAAUCAUAUCCUUUCCUUGAACAUCUCCGGGACCAUGGAUUCAUCACCGAUGAAAUAUAUGCUGUUUCUAAAGAAUCUUUUAAAAAAGGUCAUAAUGUAGAAGAAGCCGCAUAUACUGCUCUCGCUGAAGCACAAAAGAAGUUUGAACCAUCCCUUCUAAAAAUAUUAUUCAACGAGUUCACCUUGAAGAAAUACCCUGGUUUAAAUCACACUUAUGAAAUCUUCAAAAAUGCAAUACCAGACAAAAAUUUUUUCCUGAGAAGUGAUACAGAAGAAAAUGAGGAGAUGCAUGAUAUCCAGUCAAGACUUGAACAAGACUUGCUUGCCAACCCCCUUGCUACUGCUUCCUGCUGGGCUCCUAACCUGGAACACACUAGCAGGAGAUUGGAGAGUGUGAACAAGGAAGAAGCCCGGUAUUACCCUGUCACUGUCUUGGGCGGCAAUUCUGGCAAUAGCUGCAUCUCCCAUUACUCUGCCUCCCACAAAGUAGGCUUCUAUCCCCAUGGUGUGGUGGAAAUCCACACUGCACCCCACCACCAGAAGUCCUGGAGCCUCCCCUUUCCUCUCCGUUGCUGUAUUUCCACAUCUCCAGAGGUGACAGGAGGGGUGCUCUGUGACUGCAAUUGCAAUCCGGUCUCUAUGCUGGCAGAGCAGCUGUGUGCAGGGUCCUUGCCCAGCCACAUUGCAGUUCCUUUUAAGAAGCCUCUAUGUGCGACCCUUAGGAAUGCCUCCGCAGAACGCAGGAACAGAGAAGAACCUCAUGAAGCUCCCAGCUCAGCACUGACGAGGGAACCCGGGGCAGGACAGCACCCAAGUGAGCCUGUGGAUUUUGCAGCUGAAAUACUUCCUGUGGCGUGUAAAACAGAGAAGGGGCUGUUAAUUAAGAGAAAAUUGGAACGAGGAACCACAAGGAAGUGCAUAAGAAGCGAAGAUGGAAAUUGGUACAACCCCAGGGAAUUUGAAGUCAGAGGAGGCUAUGGAAAAUCAAGUAACUGGAAGACCAGCCUGACCUGCCGUGGAAAAACCCUAAAAGAGCUGAUGGAGCUUGGAAAGCUACACACACCUCCAAAAACAAUUGACAGGAAAAAAAAGGUGGGAAACUCAGACAAAUGUGAGAUCUGCCAGGAUGGAGGGAAGCUCUUUGGCUGCGCUACUUGUUACAGAUUCUUUCAUGGGGACUGUCACCUCCCACCUGUGGACACUAGGAGGAGCAGUUGGAUAUGUACCUUCUGCACAAUACAAAAUUCUUCAAGAAGUCAGCAGCGUUACAGGGAAUCUGAGAUCCUGGUGAAGCAGAUGGGGCCUGAGGAGAAGUUGAAAUGUGAGUUCCUUCUCUUAAAGGUCUAUUACCAUUUAGAGAGCAACAUUUUUCUAAAUAUUCCACAUGAAAUUUAUGUAAGAAACGCUUCUGAAUACCUAAGGAAACUUAGGAUGUUGGACAGAAUCAAGAGGAAACUAAUUAAGGGAAAUUAUCCCCAAGUCGAAGAUUUGGUGCGGGCCAUGGACAAUUUCUUUUGGGACCCCAGGUGCAAAUAUUUACACUCAAUAAAGGAGGAAUUUAAGAAUAAUUUCAAAGAAGUCUUUGCUAUUCAGGAGACAAAUUAGAACAGCUCUCUGGUGUAAUGGAUGCUGUUGGUACCCUGAAAUGUCCCACUUCAGACAGAUUUCUCCCCCUGCUGCUGUGAGGGUUGUCUGCCAAUGCCACCUCUCCCAAAUCUAUUGCUUUUGGCCAAAUGGAGCCAGAUGCACCUGAACAUUACAUCUCUUUAGCCUGUUGAUUUGUUCCCAGCCCCAAGGUUGAAUCAACCAUAUGCAGUGAUUCACGCUCCCGUGCUCUUCAGGAAAUUGGGCUAGAGCUAUUGUCCAGCUAUGAGCGCAUCCUUGCUUAGAUUUCCCCUCCAUGGUAUCCUGCUUCCCUUACCCUCCUCCUCCUCAGAGAAUUCUCACAAUA